AUGGAGGGGCCCAACCUCACAGCGGUGACUGAGUUCAUCCUGCUGGGCAUCACAAAUCGCCCUGAGCUGCAGGCUCCACUGUUCCUCCUGUUCCUCAUCAUCUACCAGAGCUCGCUGCUGGGCAACCUGGGCAUGAUCAUCCUCACCCAGGUGGACCCCAGGCUGCAAACUUCCAUGUACUUUUUCCUCAGACACCUGGCUCUCACUGAUCUUGGUUAUUCCACAGCCGUGGGGCCCAAAAUGUUAGUAAAUUUUGUGGAAGAUCAAAAUACAAUCUCCUAUUAUUUUUGUGCUACACAGCUGGCUUUCUUUCUAGUUUUCAUUGUUAAUGAGCUUUUCAUUCUGUCUGCAAUGCCCUAUGACCACUAUGUGGCCAUCUGUAACCCUCUACUUUACACUACCUUCAUGUCACAAAAAGUAUGUCAUAUACUAGUGGCGAUUCCCUAUCUCUACUGCACAUUUGUGUCUCUUCUGGUCACCACAAAGAUUUUCUCUUCUUUAUUUUGUGGCCAUAAUGUCAUCAGUUAUUUCUACUGUGAUGGUCUCCCUUUGUUAUCUUUGCUCUGCUCAGAUACUCAUGAAAUUGAAUUGAUAAUUCUGACUUUAGCAGCUUUUGAUUUGAUUUCCUCUCUUCUCAUUAUCCUCGUGUCCUACUUGCUCAUCCUCGGAGCCAUUCUCAGGAUGAAGUCUGCAGAGAGCAGGCGCAAGGCCUUCUCCACCUGCGGGUCCCACCUGACUGUGGUCACUGUGUUCUAUGGGACACUGAUAUUUAUGUACGUGCAGCCCAAGUCCAGUCACUCUAGUGACACUGACAAAGUGGCUUCCAUAUUUUACACCCUGGUCAUCCCCAUGUUGAAUCCCUUGAUCUACAGCUUGAGGAACAAAGAUGUAAAAUAUGCCCUACAAAGAACCUGGAAUAACGUAUGUAAUAUCGUUCUAGGUUUUUGUAAACUCUGA